AUGGAACACUUACCCACUCUGUUGGACGCUGUAGAGAAGAAGUGUCCGAAACUGCGUCCAGUGUUUCUUCCAAACGGCAUUAGCGAGAAGGAAGCGAUCCGCAAGUAUUCCGAAAAGCACGCAUUGCCAAAGCCAAAUAAAAAGUGCGAUAUUUGCGGAGACAAAGAGGGCGAGUAUGUUCCUCAAGUUUUCUGCACUUAUGACUUGAAAACGAGAAAAUGUAUCAUUACGGAAGUGAAGAAUGUGUGUCAGCAGUGUAAAUUCUCGAUGAACAUUCAGAAGAUUAUGGAACUCUUGGUGAAAGCCAGCACGAGUACCGAGGAGGUAGGUGUGAUGAAUUCAAUGUCAAGGGCAGGAAGAUCGGUUUAUUCGCCAUUUUUUGCUGGUUAA